CGGAGAAGCGGGCCGCCACCAUGCCCGACUCCCCGGCCGACGUGAAGACGCAGGCCAGGUCGACGCCGCCCAGCAUGCCACCGCCGCCGGCCGUCACGCAGGGCGCCACGCGGCACCCCUCCUUCGCGCCCAGCACCAAUCGAGACGCCGGACCGCCGACGUUUCUGCCUCGCGGCCGUUUUCAUGGUUGCUUGAAAUGGUCGAUGGUCUGUUUCGCCAACUACAUCUCGCCCGAGAUCGGCGAGCGGGUGCGCACGCUCGUCCUGGGGCUCGUGAACUCCACGCUCACCAUCGAGGAGUUUCAUGCCAAGCUCCAGGAGGCCACCAACUUCCCGCUGCGGCCCUUCCCCGCGGGCCCCCUGCCCCAGCACUACCGCCUGGAGGACAUGGCCCUGGCGCAUCACUACCGCGACGCCUACCGCCACGCCGACCCCCGCGAGCUGCGCGAGCGCCACCGGCAAGCGGCAGUGCAUGGGGCGCGCCAGGAGGAGGUCAUCGACCACCGGCUCACCGACCGCGAGUGGGCAGAGGAGUGGAAGCACCUCAACAACCUCCUCAACUGCAUCAUGGACAUGGUGGAGAAGACGCGGCGGUCGCUCACGGUGCUGCGGCGCUGCCAGGAGGCCGACCGCGAGGGGCUCAACCUCUGGAUGGGCCGCCACAGCGACCCCGAGGACAUGAAGAAGGGUCCCCCGGGGCGCCCUCCCGGUGGCACCGAGGCCCCGCAGCUCGGUAGGGCGCAGGGGGACCCAGGCGCGUGGCCGUCCUGCGUCCCACACUCCAACUAACAACGCCUGCCCCUCUCCCCCGCAGAGGCCCACCGGGAAUUCGCGCCACGGCCCCUAACCGGCUACAUGCCCGAGGCGAUCUGGAGGAAGGCUGAAGAAGCGGUGAACGAGGUGAAGCGGCAGGCCAUGUCGGAGCUGCAGAAGGCCGUGUCGGACGCGGAGCGCAAAGCGCACGAGCUCAUCAGCACGGAGCGCGCCAAGAUGGAGCGGGCGCUGGCCGAGGCCAAGCGGCAGGCGUCGGAGGACGCGCUCACCGUGGUCAAUCAGCAGGAGGACUCCAGCGAGCUAGCCAAGAACAUACCGGACUCACCUCUGCUCCAAAGGAUAUCCAAAAACGGGAAGGACCCAAACGUUUCUCCACUGCCAAAGUUCGUUUCGCUCUGGGGCCGCUUGCGCCGGGCCGGGCAUGGCCCUGCGGUGCCUCGGCGAGCUGCCCUCGACGCAAAGACGCGAUGA